GAGAGCUCGCCGCGCGGGUCUGCGACCUGAUCGGCUGGCAGCUCCGCGAGGCGAACAUGCACCGGCGGGCGAUGGGGAUGCUGCAGGACGGGCUCCAGCUGUCCGUGGACGCCGCCGCGGGCCAGCCUGGCGCCAGCGGUAUGCUCUCCGUCGCUGGCAGAGCCGGGUUCCGCAGCGCCGAGCAGCAGGCCGAGAAGAGGAAGCUGGAGGACGAGAUAGGCGCCAUGAACCUGCGGGGCUCGCUCAGGUCUUCCGAGGCAGGCGCGACGCUGCUCGCGUCGCUGGGCGCGGCCAGGUGGCAGAUGGGCGACCAGCACGGCGCGGCCGACGCCUUCCAAGACGCCAAGCGGGCGCGGGUGGCCGCCGGCGCGCUGUGCACGCUGGACGGCGCAGUGCUGCUCCGGAACAUUGGCAUCGUGGAGUGGUCGCGUGGCGCCCACCGCGAGGCGCUGAGGGCGUUCGCGGAGUCCAAGCAGGCGGAUCUGUGA